CGUCUGAUUAUAGUGUAUCACAACUCUCAGAGGUGAAACAAGUCAUCAGAAAAUACUCUUAUAUGUGUAGUAAAUUAUCGUGUCGAACCGUAUUUGAUACUAUAGGAAUAUUUUCAUACACACAUAUGUUUCAAAGUCUGGAGCUAAAUGCCGCUCUGCUGCUAGAAGGAUGCCUUUGGUAAGUCCACGGGUAAGUUAUACACUUGUUUGUUUACAUUCUCAUAUAGUACCAGUCCCUCACACAAUAAAGUACUUGAUAUAUACUUAGUAUUGCAUAUUUCGAUUAAUACGUUAUUACAAUAAUGCAAAACGUACAAUAGUUAAAAAUUAAACUUUAGGUUUAUCCUAAUUAUUUUUGUUUCUUAAUUCAAGCUAUCUUAACUUUGAAUCCAGUUUUCAUGUAAUAGCUAAAGUAAGGAGGAUAUGAUGCUUUGCUGGCUGCAGUCUAGGCAAAGCUCAAACGAAGCAGUGAAUUCAAAAAACCAGCGCACUGGCCUCAACGAAAACAAUGGAGACCCAUUGCGUAUGUCGACAACAUCGAUUCUAUCAGAAUUAGAAAGUGCCGAAGUUGGAGAAAUUACCGAAAGACCAGAUUAUGAAAAUCUCAGCACUUCAGCCGUCCUACAUUAUUGCAAAUGCAAAAUAUUACGUCCCUAUUUAAGACUUCUCGGAGUAAUGGGAUUGAGACCAACAAGUGGAGAUGAUAUAGAGUGCUCGCCUUGUUAUUCAAUUUUUGCCAAUCUGCACACUUUUCAAGUCCUUAUAUUCAUGUGCAUUGGAUACGUUCUUCAAUAUACGGCUUGUUUUAGACGAGAUCGUGGGUUUUGCUAUACCUUGAUGCGAAUCGAUCAUGAGCUAGUGUCUAACACUACCAAGGAGUUACAGUAUGAAAGAAUAUGUUAUGGAAGUAUAGCAUUCAGCUAUGCGAUACCAAGCAUUCUUCAUCUCAGUGCAUAUUUGUAUGCAGUUUAUUUAUUUAGAAUACGCGAGAACGAGCAGCUUCAAAACUUGAUGGAGAGAGCUUUUCUCAUGUCUUCAGACCCAUCAGAUCGCGGUAGUCAGAAGAGAUUAGUUAGAAUACUGUGGUUAUUCAUUGUGCUGAGCAUUAUAUGGAUGAUCAUAGCUUUGAUCACUGUGAACUUAAUGAUGGCAAGAGGAAUCAUUGUAUUUCAAUGGCUUCAUUCUAGUCCAGACCAGUUGAAGACUGUUUUAAAAUUUUUUCUGAUCGUUUGUACCUUAUGGCAUGAUAUGGUUCAAGGAACGAUUAUAACAAGUUACUGCUUGCAAGGACAACUAUUAAUGUCGCAUCUAUACUUUCUACGAACCAAGUUACUCCAACAUACAUUGGCUCCGUUAGAUUGGAUGAAGGAGAUUAGUGAGUUUAAAAAAUUGCUGAAAUAUUUCAAUGAUGAUUUUGGUCCGGCAGUAUGCAUAUACACUGUGGUAAAUUUUUCGUGGGCUGCAGCUGGUAUUUUAUGGCUACUGAAAUACGAUAAUGUCGAUGUACAAAGCAGUCCAAUUAUUUAUAUUAGUAUUAUAAAUGUGUCUUUGUGGGUCGUGAUAUCAUUAGCCCCUUUUAUACAGGCAGCACGAUUAACUUCAGCAUGCUCAACUAUUCAAGGAAUUGGGCAUGAAAUUCGCGUUCGUCCAUUCGUGUAUCAGGACACUCCAGGAUCGGACUUGGAUACGAUUCUAUUAUAUGCAUCUUCAUUAAAUAUGUGCGCUAGAUUAUUCAGAGUACCUAUAACUGGGAGGUAUUUGUUGUUGGCAUUAACUGUUGGGAGUAUUGUUAUGUUGAUCCUAGGGCAGUGCCAUUUUCUAUCCAGCUUAUAA